GUCUGCCAUGUGAUAAAGACGUGCUGUCCUUUCACCAUGCACUCCUGUGUAAAUAUUUAAAACCAAUUUGUUGGAAAGACCCAGUGAGAAUAUACCCAACCCCUUUGCACAUUUAGGAGAAGAUGUUCUUCUGGUUAUCAGUGUUCUCCAAGGAACCACAGGUUCCCGAUCAGCGCUCGCCUGAGGAAUUGGUAACUAAGAUGCUGAUGUUAGAGUUGGGAUUUUUGGUGAAGCGCACAGAGCGCCUCCGUCAGGAGAGGGCGACGGAGAACCGCAGGCGCAGCUCCUGUGUGGAUUACAGCUGGCUGGCUGCUGCUCCGCACAAAUCCUCCUAUGAGAUUCCACCUGGCGAGAUACUGGAGCUUCAGGACCUGUGUGCCAAGAUCCGUCCCUCCCAAUGUGGUCCCCUCAUUCUCAGGCUGAGGAAAGUGAUGACAGAGGUAGAGCCAGAUGUGACUGAGGUGUCUCGAAUGUUCCGUUCUGUUCUAUGCAACUACCUGGACGAGGUGGAGGAGAGGACAGCCAGGGAGAGAGCACCGAAGGCUCGGGCCAAGCGCAGUAAGAGCUUGUCUGUCAUCAACCUGCGCAAACGGUUCCGCAUCAACCCGCUUUGGAGCAGGGUCUCAGCGGGGCGGGAUGAGGAGGACCUAUCGGAGGAGGAUGAGGAUUAUGAAGAGGAUGAAGACAAUAUUCAAAGGAACAGGAGGAUCAGGAGCAUGCCUGAUAUCAGUGUAGUGGAAGAAAGAGCGCCGACCUGAACAGGCUGUGUUUGGAAUAGAAAACUCUUCAUGAUACUGGAAACUAGCUGUUUUUUUUUCACUUUACAGAUUAUUUGAUAGCAUUCUGGUUCCCCAGUUAAGCUUUACUGGCAUUAUGCCACUUUUUUCUUAUUCAAGCAUUUUAAGGCACGGUCUUGCUGAUUCAUUAUGGAACUUUUGUAGACUUCUCUUCCAUUAAAUGUGGCAGAUUUUCUAUUUAAAUAUAAAUUGUCAUAGCUGAAUUUUGCAGAGCCAUUACUCUUCAGUGUCUUCAGUGUCACAUGAUUCUUCAGGAAACAUUGUAAUAUGCUGAUUUAUUUUAAUAUCAUCAAUGCUGAAAACAGUUGUGCUGCUAAAUAUUUUUGUGGAUAAAAGGUUUACUGGCAUUAUGUCACUUUCUUUCUUAUUUCAAGCAUUUUACAGCAUGAUCUUGCUGAUUCACCUUUUGUUUGCUUCCCUUCUAUUAAAUGUGGCAUAAUUAUCAAAUGCAAGUAUUAAACAUAAUAGUUUUAAAAAUGCCACUUUUGUUAUCUAUUUAAAACAGCUAAAUUUAUUAGUAAUCUCAUGAAUUUUAAAUAAGUUACGCACCAUG